AUGGCAGAUCUUGGUGAUUUCCAUACCUAUGAAUACCAGGGACUCAAGAAUUUGCCUCAGAACUUGCUGGCCUUGCCACCCAAACACGAAAAGUUUUACGAUGGGACCAGAGGUGACAACCUCAUUAUCGUUCCCAUCGUUGACUUGGACCCAUCCCGCGAUCCAAAUGGAUAUUGUGGUAUCAAUUCCCAGUUCGAUCUACUUGUCAUUGGGAGAUCACAGGCUGUCUACAACUGGAUUUACAAUGGAGAAGUCCCUUCAAGUGCAAGCCCUUAUUCCCUAGAGCUAGACAAAUCAGUUGAAGACGCGGUGCCGGAGGAGAUAGAAAUUGCGAGAGCCUUCUUGGAAAAGUAUGCAGUGGCCGCAGCUCAUCUUGGUCUCCAAUCCUUGAAACCUGAUCUGAUCUCGACCGAAGAAACUUGA